AUGACAACCCCGUACUGUUGCUGCUUCAGCCAUCUCCUGGUCCCCGCCUUCCUGCUACUGCUGCUGCUGCCAGCGUUGAGCGGGCCCAUGGUGGUGCUGUUGCUGGCGGCCGAGGCCGCACCGGGCCCCGGGCCACCUGACCCCCGGCCUCAGACACCGUCGUCGCUGCCGCCGGGCUCCACCGCUGCCCAGCCGAGGGCCCGCGCUUCGGCCGAGGCCGCGGGGCCUCGGGCUGCCGAGGGUGGUAAUGGUAGCACCCCCCGGGUGGGGCUUGUGGCGGAGGACCACGAAAAGAAGGCCGGAGAAGGAGGCGCAGUGGGCGGCGGCCUUGCUGUGAGCCCCAAUCCCGGCGACAAGCCCAUGACCCAGCGGGCCCUGACGGUGUUGAUGGUGGUUAGCGGCGCCGUGCUGGUAUAUUUCGUCGUCCGGACAGUAAGGAUGAGAAGAAGAAACCGAAAGACAAGAAGAUACGGAGUUUUGGACACUAAUAUAGAAAACAUGGAAUUGACACCUUUAGAACAAGAUGAUGAGGAUGAUGAUAACACAUUAUUUGAUGCCAACCAUCCUCGAAGGUAA